AACGCAGCGCGUGAAGAAGGCGGCGGCAAAGAGAACACCAUGUCUUCUGUAUCGUCUUGUCACCCUUUAACAGUUCUCCAUUGUACUCCACGGGAUCCAGGAUAGCUUCUUCUUCUGCUUCAAAUUAAUCCAUAUCGUAAUCUAGUGUCUAGAACAACCCGCCAUCUAAGCGCCGCAAUAUACCCCCCAACAACCACAAUGGUUCAAACGAUACCCGCGAAGAUGCCCGAAGGCGCAAUCGUAUCAGGCGUCGAGAAGCCAUGGCACCAUUACCUGACCCUCGACCUCAUCGUAAACGUCCUCAGCUACACGGUUCUGCACCCGUUCGUCGCGUGGAUGAUACCCCUCUGCCUUCGCGCCCAGGCAACGCCGUACGACCACCCGUCCAUGUAUGUUACUGUUGCAUGGGCGUCCUUGCUUACGGUCUACGGUAUCUUGGGCCUGAUCAACGACCGCAUCGCGUACGGCCCGCCGCGCGAGGUGGAUCUCAGCGAGGAGGUGAUUGUGAUAACGGGCGGGGCAAGUGGGCUGGGCGCGUUGAUCGCCGAGGUGUAUGGGAUGCGGAAUGCGAAUAUUGCUGUGUUGGAUGUGAAGAAGUUCUCGGAAGAUGAGGCUGAGGAGAAGGGCAUUGCAUAUUAUGAGUGUGAUGUAGGAGACCCGAAGCAGGUGGAGGCGGCGGGGAAGCGAAUCGUUGAAGAUCUUGGUGUCCCUACGAUUCUAAUCAACAAUGCUGGCAUUGUCCAUGGCAAAUCGCUACUCGAGCUUUCAUCUGAGGAGAUAGAAAAAACCUUCCGAAUCAACACACUCUCACACUUCCAUACCCUUAGGGCGUUCCUCCCGGGCAUGCUCGAAGAAGAACGAGGCACCGUAGUCACGGUCUCCAGCGUGCUCGGUCAUCUCGGCGCCGCAAAUCUCUCAGACUAUACAGCCUCGAAAGCUGCUCUUCUCGCCAUGCACGCCUCCCUGGAGGCCGAGCUAGCUAGAGAUCCUAGAGGCCAAUACAUCCGCACAAUCCUUUGCAAACCAGGGCAGUUCUCUACACCAAUGUUCGCGAACGUGAAGACACCAUCGGCAUUUCUAGCCCCCGUCCUUGCACCGGUAGAUAUAGCCAAGGAGAUCAUUCGUCUGGUCGAUGGAGGUCGUGGCGGCACUAUUGCGGUACCGCUUUACGCGAGAUGGAUUGAUGUUCUAGGCGUAUUACCAGCCGGAUUGCAGUAUCUAGUGCGACGGUGGAGCGGCGUUGAUAACGCUAUGGCGGGCGUCAAUCCAAGCUCAGCUAAGAAGGUCGGGACUGAAAAGAAGGGAUAGGAUUUGAUGCUAGGGAUAUUGUGGAAUACAAGAUAAGAUAUGUACAGUAGGACGAGAGAGAUAUUAUUAUGAUCAUCAAGGAAACCAGAACAUUCAUCAUUUCACGAUAUCUCUGACCAAUUUAAUUGCUUUCUCAGUU